AUGCUCACCAUUGAAGAGACCCGUGCACUCGGCGAGGUUCACCCCGAGUUUGAGCCUAUUGUGAGAUGUUACAACCCAAUGCUCAAUGCUUGGAACAUGGAUACCGAUCUCGAUGGCAUCCGGGAGAUAAUGGCCCAGGUCCGCCUGGCACGACCCAAGCCUGACCUCGACUCUCUAUCUUACCGCAUGGAAGACAUCAAAAUCCCGCUGAGGGAUGGCCAUGAAGUUGAUGCUCGAGUAUACACCCCCAAGAAUGCACCGUCAGACGGUUGCCCCGGUGUCAUCGUGUUUCACGGAGGUGGGUUUGUGUUAGGCGAUCUCGACACCGAAGCUGGGCUCUGUGCUACCUUUACCGACCUUGGAGGCGUCGCCGUGAAUGUUGAUUUCCGCCACGCGCCAGAACAUCCUUUCCCUCAGGCCAUCGAGGACGCCUUUGAUGCUACCAAUUGGGCAGCCAAAAACGUGAGCAAGCUGGGGAUCGACCCUGCCAAGGGCUUCAUCAUUGGUGGCACCAGCUCUGGAGCCGACAUGUCUCUAGCUGUCUCCCACCUCUGCCAGGAUGCUGACAUGAAACCCCCUCUGACCGGCGUCUAUGCACCCAUCACCUCUGGUGUCAACGAAGAAACAGUUCCUGAGAAGUACAAGGACCACUUCUUUAGCAAGGAGCAGAACGCCAAUGCACCCGUGUUCAGCACAGAGUCGAUCAAAUUUGUUCACUCCAAGUACAAGCCCGACCAGACGAGCCCUCUGGCGUUUCCUGUCGCAUUUCCUACUCACGUUGGUCAACCCAAGACCUACUUCCAGGUCUGCGGGCUGGACCCAGUAAGGGACUGCAGUCUUGUGCUUGAGCAGGUCUACAAAGACGAUGGAGUGCCUACCAAGAUUCACAUAUACCCAGGUUUGCCUCAUGCGUUUUGGGCUCUCUUUCCGGAGCUUGAGAUUAGCAGCAAGCGUCAGGAAGAUGUCGUGGAAGGUCUGAAGUGGUUGCUCGAACAGUAG